UUUUAAUUGAUUGAUUGAUUGAUUGAUUGAUUAAAACCAAUUUGCGGCCCAAAGAAGUUCAGCCUAUUUUAAUUUUGGCCCCUACCUACUGUCAGGUUGUGCAGGCCUGAGUUAGAAGAUGACUCCACAUUCUAGAAUUAUGAGCAAGACAAUGAGAAAAGGUUCAUGUUCCUAACUACUUUCUCUACUGGCCUUCCAGAUGGCUUUCACUUGGUCCUACAACUUUCCACUAGCACCAACCAGUAUAGCCAAAGCUUGCCAUCUGGACCAGUUGAGGAAUUUGCUCACCUGAUAACUUCUGCUGGUUAGUGAUUGGAAACUGUACCCCCAAAAAAGUCCAGAUAAGCGCAGAAAACAACUUGAGAAUGCGGAGGAAAAUGACAGCAAAGCGCAAUAUGGUAGCCCAGUACCUCCAGUGUCCGGCUCCACCAGAACAGCGAGCACAACCCCUGGUGAAAGUGGAGAAGGAGCCAGACCCAAAUGCUUCGGAUUCAUUGGGGGUAUCAGAAGGCUCUGUGAAAACCUAUCGCAUUGUGCAGGUUGGGAGUGCUGGAGGAGGCCUAAAACUGCAGCAGACCAGGAGCGAACGACUGGAGACACCCCAGCGCUGGGAGAUCCAGGGUCAGGAAUUACCAACUCCAGACCUUACGCCAGUACAGUCGCCUGCAUGGCGAAACCUGCAGGUGCCAGAGCUUACACUGACAGAAGAUGUGGAGACCUACUUGGCUACGUUUGAGGAUGUGGCAGAAGCCUGCAAGUGGCCAAAGGAACAAUGGGUGACCCGGCUCAUGCCGGCCUUAAAUGGAGCCGCGCUCCAGGCCUACAAUAACUUGGAUCCCAGAGAAAGUGGGGAUUAUGGAAAAGUGAAGGCUGCUAUCUUGCGGGAGGAUGCUGUCAGCCAGGAGAGGCAGCGCCAGAACUUCCGUCACUUCCGUUACCAAGAAGCUGAGGGACCCCGGGAAGCCUGUGCCCGGUUGAGGGGGCUCUGCCAUCGCUGGCUGGAGCCAGAAAGCCGCACCAAGGAACAGAUUGUGGAGCUCUUAGUCCUAGAACAGUUCUUGACCAUCCUGCCAGAGGAAAUGCAAGACUGGGUUCAGGAAUAUCGCCCAAAGACCUGCAUCCAGGCAGUGACCCUGGCAGAGCAUUUCCUGCUGAAGCAGCAAGAGGGUGAGAGAUGGGAUCAGCAGGUGCUGGGGCCAUUUGUAUUUGAGGAAGCUGUGAGUUUCCCGGAAAGUGAGCAAAUGUCAAUGGAUACUAGGCAGAUGGUGCUCUGCAGAGAUUCCAAGGAAGAUGCUAACGAAAACCCCUCCUCACUAGCAGGUGAUGAGAACCAGUCCAAAAAUGACGAAGAGUUCCUAAUACAAGAAAGUACAAAGAGGCAAAAAAGCCGUCUCCAUCCCAGCCUUCAGCCUGCUCAGUUUUCCCGGCAGAACACCGAUAGACCACUAGUCACAAACAAACAGGCUUCUCACAAGCAGGAAGCCCUUUUCCCCUGCCCCGAAUGUGGAAAGAACUUCUCUCGGAAAUCAACGCUCACCAGACACCGGAGGGUGCACACAGGCGUCAAGCCCCACCAGUGUACCGAAUGUGGGAAAAGAUUCUUGCACAAAUUCAACCUGGUGAACCACAUGAGAACCCACGUGCGAGAGGAGUCAAGCCGUUGUUCAUUGUGUGGGAAAAACGCAAAGCGAAAUUCAAGCCUAGGGGGUCAAGAGAGGAAAGCCGGGUGUUGUGAAUGUUCAGAAAGUUUUGGGCCACAGUACAAUACAGAGCAGAGAAUGCCUGAAACUGGGGAAUCAUUCAGCUGACUUCAAAUUCUGAGGAGAGAAAUAAAAUGUAGCUGACUUGAAUGUAGAGAGGAAUAUUAGGAAAUGUUCAGACCCCAGUGCAUUUUUCUAGAAGCUGGAACCACAUUCUGAGAAUGAGGCAGUUACCUUGAAUGCAGUCAAAGCAAAUAAUGCUUUCAGCAGCUCAAUUUGGUUAAAUAUUUUAUUUUUAUUUUUGUUUGUUAACAUUUAGGGGAGCAUAAAGUCCAAGAAAUUUCCCUCGGAAACAGUAGAAUACCAAGUGUCGAAAAACAAAUUCUGACCAUGAGCAGUUAUAAUGUAAGCUUCACUUCAUGUUGUUCAUAGGAAUCUAAACUAAAGAUGUAUUAGAUGGUCCAAGAAAACAGUAUAGUGGAUAAAUUAUCCAGUCAUCUCUUGCUCAUUCAUUAUGUGGUCAAAAAUCCGUUAUUUUGGGGCAGGCCUCCAGGUUAUGCAGGUGUGGGGAGAACAUGUGGCCCUCCAAGUGUGAUUGGACUGCAAUUCCCAUAAUCUCAUACAGCAUAGCCAGUGGUAAGGGAUGAUGGGAGAUGAGCUUCAAGAAAUUCUGGUCACAUAUUUCCCACCCCUGAGAGAAUGUCACCUCAAAGGCCUUCAAUCCAGUGCCUCCUUAUCAAGUCAUGUUUGACAUUGUGAUAUAGAUAAGAACUGAUCUACUUACUGGCGGUCAACUUUGAGUUCCUGUUGUUGUUGUUUUAAAUAGUGCCUCUGUAAGAGGUAUUUGUUGUCCAUUUCAAGUUUUCUGUUAUAGUUGUUUGGGUCAGGAAUCUGCACCCUACUCACACUCUUAAUCUUUUGUUUUGUUGUGUUGUCCAACAAUAAACAGCAAGAACCUGGGUAAAAUCCAAAGGAAUGACCCAAAGGGGGACUUUGGACUUGGGUUAAAACUGUUUUGAAAAUGAUGACAUCUGUCAAAAGUUGUUUGUUCAUAAAAAAUGGGAGCUCUUAUUGUGCAAAGGAGAGGGAAUCAAAAUUCCCAUUGGGUAUACUUAAAAUAGCACUUUGGACUUCUGCCUGUUUGUUUUUGGUACAUGCCUGUCAAACACAUUUCAAAUAUUUCAAAGGCCUUCUAACACUACCAGUUUUUUUAACCCCUGUAACAUUGUUCCUAUACCAAAACUGCAUGUUUGGAAUUUUGCAACAGUUAUAGCUGCAUAUGUAAAUUUUAGAUUUUUUUAAAGAAAGAGAAAAAAUUGUUUUUGUAAAAUUUUUAUUAAAGCUUUAUUUUUUGUAGUUUGCACAUUAAAA